AUGACUCUCUUCAAAAACUACCGUGUUUACAUCCUGACAACGGUAGCCUACCUUGGCUCCUUGCUGUUUGGCUACGAUACUGGAGUGAUGGGUAGUGUUCUUGCACUGGACAGUUUCAAGAAAGAUUUCAUGCUCCCCAUGGGAUCGUCUGGGUUUGCCUCGUCGAAAAACGCACAGGUGUCCUCAAAUGUAGUGUCACUUCUCACAGCAGGUUGCUUCUUUGGAGCCAUUUUCGCCGCAGCCAUCAAUGAUCGGAUUGGGCGUCGGUAUACCCUAAUGCUCUUCUCGGUGGUCUUCCUGAUUGGUGCCGCUAUCCAGGUCGGCGCCCAUCAUGCAAUCGGCAUGAUAUACGGCGGUCGCGUCGUUGCUGGAUUGGGAAUUGGAGGGAUGUCCAGCGUGACGCCGGUCUUCGUCAGUGAAAACUGCCCACCUGAGACCCGCGGUCGGAUUACUGGGUUGUUCCAAGAGUUCCUGGUUAUAGGGAGUACUUUUGCCUAUUGGCUGGACUAUGGUGUCUCUUUGCAUAUCCCCGAGAGCACGAAACAGUGGCGCGUUCCAGUGGCUAUACAGCUCAUCCCGGGAGGUCUCAUGUUUAUCGGCCUCUUCUUUCUCAGGGAGUCUCCCCGCUGGCUUAUGAAACAGGAUCGACAAGAUGAGGCGCUGGAGUCUCUGGCAUAUAUACGAAAUGAACCCAUCACAAGUGAGUUAGUGCGGAGAGAAAUGGCCGAGAUCAGAGCUUCUCUCGAAGAGGAAUCGGCUGCUACACAGGGUGUCACAUGGAAAGAAUGUCUCCAGAAGUCCAACCGUCGUCGGAUCCUUUUCGCCUUCAUGCUCAUGCUUUGCCAGCAGUUCACGGGCACGAAUAGCAUAGGGUACUAUGCACCCGAGAUUUUCCAAACCGUCGGCCUUAGCAAGACCAAUUCAUCUCUUUUUGCCACAGGCAUAUAUGGUACAGUAAAAGUAGUUGCAACUGGUUUAUUCCUGAUUAUCGGUAUAGACCGAUGGGGAAGAAAGAACAGCUUGAUCGGUGGGGGCGUAUGGAUGGCCAGCAUGAUGUUCAUCAUUGGUGCUGUCCUGGCCACGAAUCCUCCUGAUACGAACAGCUCCCAAGUCUCUCAUGCCUCCAUUGCCAUGGUUUGUAUGAUCUAUUUCUAUGUGAUCGGAUACAGCGCUUCAUGGGGUCCUACCCCUUGGGUGUACCUGAGCGAAAUGUUCCCCACUCGUCUGAGAGCGUAUGGAGUUGGUCUCGGAUCAUCGACGCAGUGGCUCUUCAACUUUGUUGUGACCGAGUUCACACCCCAUGCUGUCAAUAACAUUGGGUGGCGGACCUUUCUCAUGUUUGGUAUUUUCUGUAUGGUGAUGAGCAUCUUUGUACUCCUGUUUAUGAAGGAAACCAAGGGCCGGACACUGGAGGAGAUAGAUGUUCUAUUCGGCGCGGUCGACGAGGAACAGAGGCGUGCUGAUGUGGAGCACGCCUUGCACAAGGGGCUGGGGACGGAUGCGGAGACCAAGGAGGGUGCAUGUGUAGCUCAUGAUGAACGGGCCAUGGCGUGA